UAAGAAGAAACGAGGGUUUGGGGGUAACCCUGAAUCCGCAGAGGAGUGCCAGAGCGAGAGGGAAGAGGGGCAACUAUAGCCAUGGCUAUGGCUAUGGCUCGCAAUUGCGCUCUCCUCGCGGGGAUGUUGCCUUACUGCCCGCGACGCCACUGAUGCUGAUCGCGUCAACCCUUCGGAACAGCUGCUCAAUUUGCCCAGGCGACGAGCGUCGCCAGGAAUCUCUCAACAAAUUUCAGUCUUGUGGGUCACUCGAUUUUUCUGUUUCUGUCGUGGAGGCGGCAACGAGGAUGCAAUGAGGUUGCAAUGAGGGUGCAAUGAGGCGCCGACGACUGACACCUGGGUUGAAGGUGGAGCUGGGUUUGUGCUCUUGGAACGCAGUGUUGGGCAAUGGUUGGUUGGUUGGCUGGUUGAUUGGAUGAUGUUGCGGGAGGUUUAGGUGGUGCGCGUGGAUGGCAACGAUGGUGGGGGGAGCAGGAGGUGGAGAGGGUAGUGUGCGAGAGAGGACGAAAGGCAGUGAUGUGUUGAUCCACCGGGUGGUGACUGACAUUCCUGGGGGGCCAAAGCGGAGCAAGCUGGCGUCGGACACAAGCUGCUACGAUACCCCAUCGGCGCCAGUUAAUUGUGCGGUCAAUGUUUCUGAUGUGAUCGUCAAGGAUGCACAGGCGGCACUGGCAAUUUUGGUGAAUGCUCCCAUUGGUCUUAUCCCUGAGGAUCGUUAUCCAAGUCCUCGUGUUCUGAAGAGGUCUGGGGAUACUUUAGAAGACGCCGUUGUACUUGACGACGAUGACGAGGAGGUGCAGGUUACGGGCUUCAUCCCAAGGCCCCUCUUUGUGGAGAAACAAACUUUCAGUGACAAAGAGAACGGAAAGUUUAUCAAGGAGGGCACCCUUGAUGAGGAAGACAUUUUUGGUCAUCAGAGAAUGCUCAAGGAAGUGGACAUUCCUGCAGUCAACCUCAAAGAGGUUCAGACGGAGGGGGUCAGCUAUAUGAACAUCAAUGGCGAUUUUCUCAUCAGUUCUGCAAAAGAGAAUUUGAAAAAGAGUACCAAAAAGCUGAAAAAGGGACCCAAGGUAAUCGAGCGUCUCAAAGGACCCAAGGUAGUCGAGGGUCUCAAGGGACCCAAGGUAACCGAGGGUCUCAAGGGAACAGAGGGUGAAGCGAAAUUGCCUUCUUGUAAAGGGGGAAAGGGUGGCGGAGGCAACGAAACCAAUAUGGAGGAGGAUACUUUUAAGGAGCGGGUGUUUAUUUCUCCCAAGAGCAAAAAGUCAAGAGCUCAGGUACUUGCGGAGGCUGUCGAGAGCGGGCCUGAUUACGAAGUGGAGCAUGAUAGUGACAGUGACAAUGAUAGAAAGGCGACCCUUGGGACUGAGGAAUCGUCGGACGACAUUUGGGCGGACAUUGCUGUAAUGAAAACCCAGAUGAGAAAGGACAAGGACAAUGUGGAGGAAGUGAGAGAAUCUUGUGUGCAUGUCUACGCGAUCAAGAGCGACGUGGGCAGGGCUUGCACUCUGUGUGGAUUGAUAAAGGAAGACAUCAAGGACAUGACGUUCAUGUGGCGCAGACCGUGUUCUGUGCGGAAGAUCCGUCUCAGAGGAGCUCGGCUUGACAGGUGGGAUGGAUGUGCUGGCGAAGUACUGGAAGAAGAAAAAAAGCUGGUUGGGAUGGCUCAGCUGGAAGUGCACCCAUUUUUGGAGAACUCGAUGCACCCACAUCAACUGGAAGGUUUCAAGUUUCUGUCCAGGAACCUUGUGGAGGAGGACUCAGGUGGCUGCAUGUUGGCAUUCGCACCUGGCACAGGAAAGUCUUUUCUAACUAUCAGCUUCAUACAGAGCUUCAUGAUCCAGGUUCCAAAUGCGAGGCCCAUGAUCGUCGCUCCCAAGAGCAUGCUUCGGCCAUGGAUGCAAGAGUUCAAAAAGUGGGAAGUUGAGGAGAUGCUGGUGCACAACCUGUAUGAAGCUGAUGACCAGAUAGAGAUGCUGAAGCGAUGGCAGGGAACCCCUAGUGUGUUGUUAGUAGGAUACUCGCAGUUCGUCAACCCAAGCAGUGAAGUGGGUAGACUUCUAACGGAAGGUCCUGGUCUGAUGGUAAUGGACGAGGGACACCUUGCGAGGACGGAGGAUACCAAGAUCCUCAAGGCUUUAAGCAGAGUAUUCACAAGACGCAGGGUGCUCCUAUCUGGCACUCCAUUCAACAACAAUUUCGAGGAAUUCUACACGACGCUGGAAUUGGUGAGGCCCAAUUUCAUGAUGAGCGCUAACGCUCAGAUGUGUCCAACAUUGAACACCUUCCAACUGAUAGUUGACAACAAGAUUGGCCCCAAUCAUCCUGUGGCAAAUGGCCAUCUCCUCAAGAGGCCCAGCAACUCUGGAAGGAAAGCGUUCAAGGAUGUGAUUGGAGAGAAUUUCGAGAGUGGCAAGCACGGUAGUAUUGCCAGGGCUCUGCAGCAGCUAAGGGUUCUCAUCAAACCCUUUGUAGCUUGGCACAAAGGUCAAAUAUUAGACUCUCUGCCAGGUAUCACUGACCUCACAGUUAUGCUUCAACUAACUGCUGAGCAGCUGGAACUGGUAGAGAAAAACAAAAAGAGCGAGGUCAGGGACAGUUUGCAGAAACGAGCAGCGGCAAUCUACGUACAUCCCAUUCUAGAGCCAGUAGCCAACGGUUGUAAACGAACACAAAAAGAUCCUCGUUUGAAAGGGGACGUGGAUGUGAAAGCGGGUGUGAAGUUGAAGUGGGUGCUUGACUUAGUGCAACUGUGCGAUGCUGCCAAAGAGAAGGUGCUCAUUUUCAGCGAGUAUCUGUACUCCCUGGCAUUAAUCGAAAACAUGACCAUGCAGAGGAUGAAUUGGUCUAGAGGUUCACAGAUUCUUAGGCUGGAUGGGUCGUUGCCUCCACAAGAAAGAGAAAUGGUUCAACACAAGUUCAACACUGAUCCUGAAGCGAAAAUGUUGUGUGCAUCCAUCAAGGCAUGUGGAGAGGGCAUAUCCCUUGUGGGAGCUUCGAGGGUGGUCUUACUAGAGGUGCAUUGGAACCCGUCAGUCCCACGUCAGGCUAUUAGUAGAGCGUUCCGAAUCGGCCAGCAGAGGAAAGUUGUGGUGUAUCGACUGAUCGCUGCAGACACAUAUGAGGCGACGAACAUGCACGCCGUCGCCACGCGGAAAGAGUGGCUGUCAAGGUUGCUGUUCGAUCCAACCAUUCCUUGUGAUGAUCCCAACAGUAUUCUGUGGGAUGUCACGAAGGAUUGUAGUGACUUAUUUCUUGCUAACUUGGCGGGGCCACUUCGGGAGAAUGUUAGCAGAAUUUAUCAACGAGAAUUCUAAUCUGAAUUCCUCGUUAUUGUACAUGACAGAUGGUGAUAAAUUUGAGGGAAUUUCCCCCGAUACUAGAAGUUUUCGUA